AUGAAUUUUAAACUAUGGAUUGUUUUAGCUUUUAUUAAUUUAGCUUUUGCUAAGACAGAGAUGUUCGAUCUAUACAGUUCUGGGUAUCAAUCAUUUUAUGCAUGUUCAGGUUACCUUGAGGGUAUUGCUACAUUCUGUGGGCCAGAUUCACCUUAUCAGUAUGAAGCUUGUACUUGUGGUAACAAGAACAUGAGAGCAUCUUUCAUGGCUUGUGUUAAAGCAAUGUACGCAGACGAUUCGUCUUUGGUUGAUUUUUUUGUUAACGGGUGUAGUGAAAAUUUUGCUAUAGAAUUAACUAAAAAGGACUUCGAAGAUUCCUAUGAUUACUACCUUGAACAUGCUGUUGAUGUAAGCAAUGAUGCUGAUUUUAACAUGACUGAAGUUAUUGACUAUCCUGUUGUCAUUGAUCCUGAUACCUGUAAGGUUUGGUUAGCUUCUUACAAGCAAUUUUUGGGAAAUUACAAUAAUUCAUAUUGGCUCGGUAUCGGAUUGACUUCGUUUUGGGCAGCUGUUCUUUUGAUGGCUACUGUCUAUAAUUGGACAAUCUAUUUAUUCCCAUCUUUAAACAAAAAAUUGGUGGGACCAAUUACCAAUAAAAUAAGAAAAUAUAUCACAAUUCCAGCCAUAGGUAGAAGAAGAGCAGAGGUAAAACCAAUGUAUGGAAUUUUUGAUGCUUUACUUCCAACAAGGGGUGAGUCGGUUAUCAUUGGGAGUUUCACAAUUGUAUGUACUGUAUUCUGUGCUUGGAAUAUCAAACCAGUCGAAGGUGAUACUAUAUUUGGCUCUGUCCAAGAAUCCAUUAGUAGACAAAUUGCUGUCAGAACAGGUAUUUUGGCCUCUGCAUAUAUGCCAUUACUAAUUCUUUUCGCCGGUAGAAAUAACUUUUUGCAAUGGUUAACUAGAUGGAAAUUUUCAACCUUCAUCAUGUUCCAUAGAUGGAUAGGAAGAAUUGCUUUUAUUUUAGUGACAAUCCAUUCAAUAGGUUACAGUAUAACCUUUACUGCAAACUAUAAAUUGUACAUGAAAGACACCUAUGUCAUCUGGGGAUUCAUCGCUACUAUUUCUGCUGGGUUCAUUGUUUUACAAGGUUUAUUGCAAUUACGUAGAAAUUGGUAUGAAAUAUUUUUAAUUAUCCAUAUUAUAUUGGCAGCUUUAUUUAUCGGAGGUGCGUGGUUACAUGUCGUUGAUUUAGGGUAUGUGGCGUUCUAUUAUGCUUGUGUCGGUGUGUGGGUCUUGGAUAGAGUGAUAAGGUUUGGUAGAUUAUUUGCAUUUGGAUUCCCAAUGGCAGAUGUGGAAUUGUUUUCUGAUGAAACCUUCAAAGUCACCGUUCCAAAACCUUCUUACUGGAAGUCGAUCCCAGGUGGACAUGCUUUCGUUCAUUUUUUGAGACCAAGUUGUUUCUGGCAAUCACAUCCUUUCACUUUCACCAACUCUGCUGAAACUGAAAAUGAAAUUGUUUUGUACAUUAAGAUUAAAGGGGGUUUGAGCCAUGGAUUAUACCAGCAUUUAGCAGGUUUACCUGGCAGAACCACCAAAAUGAGAGUUGGAAUUGAAGGACCAUAUGGUGAAUCAGCACCAGCUAAACAUUAUGACAAUGCUGUAUUCAUUGCUGGAGGUAAUGGUAUUCCAGGAAUUUAUUCUGAAGCCUGGAGUUUGGCUCAAAAAUCGAAGAACAAUGACAAGAUUAUCAAUUUGAUCUGGAUCAUCAGAGAUAGUAAAUCACUUGAAUGGUUCUCAAAUGAACUCAGACUUUUGAAGGACACUAGAAUCAAUACCACGGUCUAUAUAACUAAGCCAAAUCUUGACAUCGAAUCUAGCGAUGGAGAAAAGAAGGAGAAAGAAGACGGUAACUCAGUGUUGAGCUAUGAAUCCAAACUAAGUCAUAUUAUUUUCAAAUAUGGCAGACCUUCAUUGGAGGAUAUUGUAAAGGAGCAAGUAGAGGAAUCAAGAGGCUCUACAGCUUUCGUCACAUGUGGUAAUCCAAUUAUGGUGGAUGACCUCAGAUAUUUCGUUUCCCAAAAUCUUCACCCAGAAAAAAGAGUUGAUUUCUUUGAGCAAUUACAAGUAUGGGCCUAA